AUGGCGGGUAUCUUUCGGACGAUCUAUGACUGGCUCCUGAGGAUGUUUUGGGCGACGGAGAUGGAUGUCACGAUGAUCGGAUUGCAGAAUGCGGGGAAAUCGUCGCUGUUGCGGGUGCUUGCGAAAGGCCAUGUGACUCUUAAGUGUUGGGAUCUUGGAGGCCAGCCGCGGUUUCGUCCAAUGUGGGAGCGAUACUGCCGAGGGGUUAAUGCGAUUGUGUACAUAGUGGAUGCGGCCGAUCGUGCCGCCCUGCCGGUCGCCACAGAGGAGCUUCACGAGCUGAUGGAAAAACCUUCGCUUAACGGCAUUCCUCUGUUGGUUCUGGGAAAUAAGUCCGACCUUCCGGACAAACUGUCGGUUGACGAACUCAUAGACGCAAUGGAUCUCAAGUCCAUCACGCGCCGUGAGGUGAGCUGCUAUGGAAUCAGUGCCAAGGAGGAGACAAACCUUGACGCUGUCUUGCACUGGUUGAUCGCCAGAGCAAGCAGAUGA